CUCUUGCUCUAAAACCUUUAUUAACAAAACCUCUCUUAAAAGAGUGAAAACCCAUUUGCCAUUUUUGCUUUUAAAGACCCACACACAUAAAGAUACGCACUGUACUUCAAUAACCACUGACCUAGAAGGCCUUUAAUUCCUGAAAUGGUGAUUAAUUUUGAUAAUUUCUUUUGUUUUAUCAAGUGGGUUUUUGUUCUUGCAUGAAUUGGUGCACGUGCCAUAAAAUGAGUAGCUUAGUGGAGAGGCUACGUGUUAGAUCAGAAAGGAGGCCGGUUUAUAACUUGGAUGAAUCAGAUGAUGAUGAUUUUGUUUCCGGGAAAGCUAAAAAUCCCCAGGAGAAAAUUGAAAGAUUUGUCAGGGAUGACGCGAAGGAGGAUUCCUGUCAAGCUUGUGGAGAAAGUGAGAAUCUUCUGAAUUGUGAAACCUGCACAUAUGCUUACCAUUCCAAGUGCCUGCUUCCACCACUAAAAGCUCCUUUUCCUAGCAAUUGGAGGUGCCCUGAAUGUGUUAGCCCUCUGAAUGAUAUCGAUAAGUUAUUGGACUGUGAAAUGCGCCCUACUGUUGCUGAUGAUAGCGAUGCCUCUAAACUGGGCUCAAAGCAAAUUUUUGUAAAACAGUAUCUUGUGAAGUGGAAAGGCUUAUCUUAUCUACAUUGCACUUGGGUACCUGAGAAAGAGUUUUUAAAAGCUUUCAAGUCAAAUCCCCGUCUGAAGACUAAAGUAAACAACUUCAAUCGUCAGAUGGCAUCAAACAACAACUCCGAGGAUGAAUUUGUUGCUAUCCGACCUGAAUGGACAACUGUUGAUCGGAUUCUUGCUUGCAGGGGAGAUGAGGAUGAGAAGGAAUAUCUUGUGAAGUACAAGGAACUCCCUUACGAUGAAUGUUAUUGGGAAUUUGAAUCAGAUGUAUCUGCAUUUCAGCCUGAAAUAGAAAGAUUUAAUAAAAUUCAAUCUAGGUCUCACAAACCAAGCAAGCAAAAGAGCAGCCUUCAAGAUGCUACUGAUUCAAAGAAGAAAUCAAAAGAAUUUCAACAGUGUGAUCACAGUCCAGAAUUUCUUUCUGGAGGCUCAUUGCAUCCUUAUCAGUUGGAAGGGUUGAACUUCUUACGUUUUUCUUGGUCCAAACAAACACAUGUAAUACUUGCUGAUGAGAUGGGCCUUGGGAAAACUAUACAGAGUAUUGCAUUUCUAGCAUCUCUUCGCGAAGAGGGCAUUUCUCCGUAUCUGGUAGUAGCUCCACUUUCAACAUUGCGAAACUGGGAACGUGAAUUUGCAACAUGGGCACCUCAAAUGAAUGUUGUUAUGUAUGUUGGCUCCGCACAAGCUCGUGCUGUCAUAAGGGAAUAUGAGUUUUACUAUCCCAAAAAUCACAAGAAGAUCAAGAAAAAGAAAUCUGGUCAAGUUGUUACUGAAAGCAAGCAAGAUAGAAUAAAAUUUGAUGUGCUUCUAACGUCUUAUGAGAUGAUUAACUUGGACUCGACAUCGCUGAAACCAAUAAAGUGGGAAUGCAUGAUUGUUGAUGAAGGUCAUCGUCUAAAAAACAAGGACUCUAAAUUGUUUCUCUCACUGAAGCAGUACUGUAGUAACCAUCGUGUGCUUUUGACUGGAACCCCUCUUCAGAACAAUCUGGAUGAACUUUUCAUGCUCAUGCAUUUCCUUGAUGCUGGGAAGUUUGCAAGUUUAGAGGAAUUCCAAGAGGAGUUUAAGGAUAUAAAUCAAGAGGAGCAGAUUUUGAGACUUCAUAAAAUGUUGGCUCCCCAUCUCCUCAGAAGGGUGAAAAAGGAUGUCAUGAAAGAGCUACCUCCUAAGAAGGAACUCAUUCUACGUGUUGAACUAAGUAGCAAGCAGAAAGAAUAUUACAAGGCCAUUCUAACUCGCAACUAUCAAAUACUAACUCGACGUGGUGGUGCACAGAUUUCUCUUAUCAAUGUGGUUAUGGAAUUGCGCAAACUCUGUUGUCAUCCUUAUAUGUUAGAAGGAGUGGAGCCGGAUAUUGAAGAUACCAAUGAAUCUUUCAGGCAGCUCCUUGAAACUUCUGGGAAAUUGCAACUGUUGGACAAACUGAUGGUGAGACUUAAAGAACAAGGGCAUAGAGUUCUCAUUUACUCACAAUUUCAGCACAUGCUGGAUUUGUUGGAAGAUUACUGCACUCAUAAGAAAUGGAUGUAUGAACGGAUAGAUGGAAAGGUUGGUGGAGCUGAGAGACAAGUGCGUAUAGAUCGAUUUAAUGCCAAAAACUCUUCAAGAUUUUGCUUUCUUCUCUCAACUAGAGCUGGAGGACUGGGAAUAAACCUUGCAACUGCUGAUACUGUUAUUAUAUAUGAUAGUGAUUGGAAUCCCCAUGCUGAUCUUCAAGCAAUGGCUAGAGCACAUCGACUUGGGCAAACCAACAAGGUAUUGAUUUAUAGGCUCAUAACCCGAGGAACUAUUGAGGAACGGAUGAUGCAACUGACUAAGAAGAAAAUGGUUUUAGAGCACCUUGUUGUUGGGAGGCUGAAGGCACAGAAUAUUAAUCAGGAAGAGUUAGAUGACAUCAUAAGAUAUGGUUCAAAGGAGCUUUUUGCUGAUGAGAAUGACGAAGCAGGAAAAUCACGUCAAAUUCAUUAUGAUGAUGCUGCUAUUGAUCGAUUACUUGACCGUGAACAAGUUGGAGAUGAAGAAACAUCAUUGGAUGAUGAAGAGGAAGAUGGAUUUUUGAAGGCAUUUAAGGUUGCAAAUUUUGAGUAUAUUGAUGAAGCAGAGGCUGCCGCAGAGGAGGAAGCUCAAAAGGCAGCCAUGGAAACGAGAUCCACCAUAAACAAUUCUGAAAGAACUGAAAAAACAAAUUAUUGGGAAGAGUUGCUAAAAGAUAGUUAUGAAGUGCAUAAAGUUGAGAAGUUUAAUGCCUUGGGCAAAGGAAAGAGAAACCGUAAGCAGAUGGUGUCUGUUGAAGAUGAUGACCUUGCUGGUCUAGAAGAUGUAAGCUCUGACGGUGAGGAUGACAAUUAUGAAGCUGAGUUGACUGAUGGUGAAACAACAUCAUCAGGAAUUCAGACAGUAAGAAGGCCUUAUAAGAAGAAAGCUCGAGUGGAUAAUACAGAACCAAUUCCUCUGAUGGAAGGUGAAGGAAGAUCAUUCAGAGUAUUGGGGUUUAAACAAAAUCAGAGGGCUGCCUUUGUACAAAUCUUGAUGAGGUUUGGGGUUGGGGACUAUGACUGGAAGGAGUUUGCCUCUCGUUUGAAACAGAAGACAUAUGAAGAAGUAGAAAAUUAUGGGCGAUUAUUCUUGACUCACAUAGCGGAAGAUCUAACUGACUCACCAAAUUUUUCAGACGGUGUUCCUAAAGAGGGUCUUAGAAUACAAGACGUGCUUGUUAGGAUUGCUGUCCUGCUUUUGAUAAGGGAUAAGGCGAGGUUUGCAUCAGAGAACCCAGGUAGUGCGCUUUUCACAGAUGACAUUAUACUGCGCUACCCAGGCCUGAAGAGUGGAAAAUUUUGGAAACAAGAGCACGAUUCAUUGUUACUUCAUGCAGUAUUGAAGCAUGGGUAUGGAAGAUGGCAAGCUAUUGUUGAUGACAAGGACUUGAAGGUUCAAGAGAUAAUCUGUAAAGAGUUAAAUCUUCCUUGUAUAAGACUACCUGUCCUUGGGCAAGGAGUUGCUCAAGCACAAAAUGGUUCUACUUCUAACAUUGCUAAUGCAGAAGCUCCUAGCACCCAGGCACAGGCAAAUGUUACUGGAAAUGAUGUAGCAGCUGAUGUUGCUCAGGGGACAACUGAUGCUGCAAACCCAGCACUGAUAUAUCAAGAUUCAUCUAUAUUAUUUCAUUUUAGAGAUAUGCAGAGACGACAGGUAGAGUUCAUUAAGAAAAGAGUGCUGCUUUUGGAGAGAGGACUCAAUGCGGAGUACCAGAAAAUUUACUUUGGUGGUGAUAUAAAACCAAAUGAGAUUACAAGUGAAGAGGCUGAUGGUGAAACAAAGGCUGCUGACAGCUCAAGUUUAGGCUCCAUAGAGAUAAAUGCUCAAAUGAUUGACCAGUUGCCUCAGAUGGAACCAAUUAGAUCAGAAGAAAUUUCAGCAGCUGCUUGUGACGACAAUCCUGAUAGAUUGGCAUUGGCUGAGCAUUAUAACAAGAUGUGCACGGUGUUGGAGCAAAAUGUUGAUGAAACAAUUCAGAUAUCCUUAACCAACCACCCUGCAAGUCUCAAGUUGAGACAGGGCCUUCAGCCAUUAGAGAUGAUUUUUGAACAGAUGAAUCAAAUUCUCUCUCCUUUACAACAAAAAUCUACUUCGGAACAAGGUACUCUGGUUUCGAACAAACAUGUGCAAGCUGAAUCACAGAGCAAUCAGGCUAAACUUCAUUCACCACCUGACCGACAGAAGGAGAACAACGACACUGCUGCUGCUGUGGAAGAUGUUGAAAUGAAAGAGGCAACGACAGAGCCAAAAGUGAAAGAAACCAUUGCAGCUUCGGAUGAACAAGGUCCACAUUCUGCAGACCCAGUUACGCCUCCAAAAGAACCUAUGUGUGCACCAGGGACAUCUGAAAAGGAUGUGCAAGUGGUCGAUACAAGUAAUGGUACUGACACCAACACUGAUGCUGUAUCAAAUGAAAAUGAAACCACAGAGAAAUCAAAUUCGGGGUUGAUUGUUUUAGAUUGAUACAUACAAAUGGAAUACCUGUAACCUUUUCAUGUUCUUUUUAGCUAACAAACUAGUUUUACAGGCUUUAGCCACAAAUAAGUGAGAGUUAAACUGUACUCUUCAAGUACUCUUUCAGAUCGUGCAGUUCUUUUACAAAAAUCAUCGAGUAUUUCUUAAUAUUUAGCAAAUCUUGGUAUUGCUAGAGAUU